AUGUUGGAGGGCCUCCUCAAGGUUGGGAUAUGGUCUGGAGACGUCAAAUUGCGGAAUCUUGAGCUCCGCAAGGAGGCUCUUGAUCAGCUCCGCCUUCCCGUCAAUGUCGUCGAGGGCCACCUGGGCGAGCUCACACUCGUAAUACCUUGGUCAAACCUGCGUGGUGCGCCUGUCAAAGUCUUUGUCGAAGAUGUUUUCCUCCUAGCGUCCCCCAAGGAGGAGGCCGAAUACGACGAGGAAGAGGAGGAGCGCCGGAGGCAACGCAUCAAAAUGGAGAAGUUGGAGUCGGCCGAACUCCUCAAAGAGCGGUCCCGGGAAGGUCUCAGCGCCGAGGAGGAGAAGAAGAACCAGAGCUUCACGCAAAGCUUGGUGACAAAGAUUGUCGACAACGUGCAGGUCACCGUAAAAAACAUCCACGUUCGCUACGAGGAUUCCAUCUCCGCGCCAGGCCACCCCUUUGCUCUCGGUGUAACCCUUGGCGAGUUCAGCGCCGUCAGUACCGACGGAAAGUGGAAGGCUGCCUUCCUCCACGGUCAGGACAAUACUACCCAUAAACUUGCCAGGCUUGACGGGCUCGCGGUUUACUGGGACACGGACGCCGAGCUUCUAGGUUCCGGUCGAGAAGCUAUAUCACCUGGAGAGGAACGCCCGCACGACGAAAUCGUCGCGAAGCUUAAAGCCAUGAUACAACCCGCUCGGGAGGAGGACGAUGGUGACUACGACGACGUUAGCAGCACGAGUAGCACGGACUCCGCGGCGAAUCAUCAAUACAUCUUGCGCCCCGUCAACGGACAAGCCAAGAUUGAACUUGACAAGAGCGGAGAUCUUCACGUUCCAAAGCACAAGGCUAACCUCCUCUUUGAAGAGAUUGGUCUUGUUUUAGAUGACGAUCAAUACCGCGACAGCUUGAUGAUGAUUGACCUCUUCCAUUACUUCAUCAGGCAUCAGGAAUACAAAAGAAAUGCUAUUCUGGGCAAAAUCAAGGAACGAAAUAGGCGGUGGACGUGGGAUUAUUUCCGCGAACGCCGCGAUAACCGCCUUCGCUAUAUCGAACUUUUCAAGAAGAAGAAGCAGAACCAGCAGCUAUCGCCAACUGAAUUGGACGACUUCAAUCAGCUGGAAUGGAAACUCGGGUAUGAGGAUCUUCGUUUCUGGAGAUCCCUCGCCAGGAAUCAGCUCGCGAAAGAAAAUGCCGCCGCGCUUAGAGCGCCCCUCAGUCACGCUCAGCAGCAACAACAGCAAGGUUGGCUUUCGUGGGUCUGGGGUUCCAAGCCUACAGCAGAGCAGGUGGACGAGACGGAAAAUACCACAAUGACGGAAGAGCAGCGGAAGGAGCUCUACGAGGUUAUUGACUGGGAUGAGAAGACGGCUCUCGCUGCCGACGUCGACGUGCCUCGGGAUUCAAUAAAACUCCAGCUCGAGACUUCGCUGAGCACUGGCAGCUUCACUUUGAAGAAGGGCUCUCGUAGCAAAGCUACCGAUCUUGUUAGUCUCCACUUUGAUGUUCUCAAGUCAAAGGUUACACAGCGCCCAGAUUCGUUCCUGGCGGACAUAAGCCUCGGCGGGCUGCGUGUCAACGAUGGUACCACGCCCAAUACCAAGUUCCCCGAGAUUGUCCGAGUUGAGCAGAACCCGAUUGAACGCGAGGGAGAUAUUGCGCUUGUCGGCAAACUCAAGCCCCUCGAGAUUGUAUGGAACCCCAACGUUGUUGUGGGCGUCGUUGACUUCUUCCGCCCUCCAGAGCGCCAUAUGGAAUCUAUUGUCGCACUGAUGGAGACGGCCGGAGCUACGGUUGAGGGGCUCCGCGAACAGACCCGAGUCGGGCUAGAAUUCGCUCUCGAAGAGCACAAGACCGUCAACGCCCAGCUUGAUCUUCAGGCUCCUCUCAUCAUCGUGCCGGUCAGUGUGACGUCAAACGAUUCCACCUGCCUCAUCUUGGACGCCGGUCAUAUCAGUGUCACCAGUGAGCUGGUUGACGAGAGGACUAUGAAGCAAAUCCAAGAGAAGCAGCGGCAGUCGUACACCGACGAAGACUUCAAGCGACUCGAAUCCGUCAUGUACGACAAGUUCCACGUCCAACUUACCUCUACGCAGCUUCUCAUUGGGCCUUCGAUUGAGGAAACGAAAGCUCAGCUGGAAAGCACUGAUCAUACCAAGAUGCUUCACGUGGUGGAUCGCAUCAACGUCGGCUUUAUCGUCGAGGUCUCCAUCCUCCCCAAAGCGCCAAAUCUCACCAAGAUGAAAGUGUCUGGGCACUUGCCCGCGCUCGAGGUCGCCGUGUCCGAUGCCAAGUAUAAAAACCUGAUGAAAAUCAUCGACGUUGCUAUUCCUAAAUUUGGUAACGAAAACCGAGACCGGCCCUCUCUGGAUUCGCAAACCUCUAGACCACGACUCAAGAGCAACGCCUCGUCCUCUUAUAGAAUGGGCAGGAGAGGGAGCCGCCGACCAUCCACCGUUUUCCCCUUCACCAUGCAGCAGUCUGCCGUCAUCGUGGAUGAUGACAUCAGCCAGGACGAGGAUAAAUUCGAGGAUGCUCAAUCCGGCACCGACCGCACAAAGCUGCACAUGAAGCAGCGCAUUUUCCAGCUCAAGUUUACCGUCGACACGUUGCGGGGUUCCCUCUAUAGGAGCGACCCUCAGCGUAAGAAGCCCGAUCAGCUUCUCGUGGAGCUCGUCGCUGAGUCCUUUGGUGUCGAGUUUUAUAAUCGCCAGUAUGACAUGGUUGCCGAAGUGUCCCUUGGCUCCGUGACUGUAGAUGACUUUGUCGAGAACCCGCCUGCGGAAUUCAAAUCCAUUGUGUCUUCCGGAGACUCCGAGGAUCGAGAACAAAACAGGAGCCUGGUAAAUGUCAAGUUUGUCAAGGUGAACAAUCAGUCACCGGAAUUCAUGUCUGUUUACGAAGGAAUCGAGACCAAUGUAGACGUCUCGAUAUCUACAAUUAAUCUCGUCGUCACGCGCAAAACACUCCUCACUCUCCUCGACUUUAUCCUCGUCACCUUUACCAACAAUGAUGCGAACCAAAACCGACUGCCGGCAUCGCAAAACAGCGAUGAUUCCGACGUCAUCGUGAUCCAAGAGCCCCAACCCGAAAAUGGGCCGAUACGCGUCAAGAUUGACCUCAAGAGUAUACGCCUCAUCCUAAAUAACGAUAAUAUCCGUCUCGCAACCCUUUCACUCAACCACGCAGAUGUUGGGAUCCACUUGCUUGGCCAGACAAUGAGGGUCUCGUCCAAGCUCGGGAAUCUUACACUCGUUGAUGAUGUUGAUGUGGGGGUAUCGGAAGAUUCAAGCCUGCGCCAACUCAUGACGAUUCAAGGCGACGAGCUCGCCGAUUUCCGCUACGAAACCUUCAACUCGAACAAUGAAGAAUCGUACCCCGGGUACGACUCAUCCAUCUACCUACGCGCUGGCUCCAUCAAGCUCAAUUUCGUCGAGGAGCCCUUCCGCAAGAUUGUGGACUUCUUGGUCAAGUUUGGGAAGAUGCAAGCGAUAUACAACGCCGCAAGGCAGGCCGCCGCGGAACAGGCGUCACAGCUUCAGCAAAGCAACUCGAGGAUAAAGUUCGACGUUGUUGUGCUGACGCCCAUCGUCGUGUUCCCACGCGCCCUAGACGCUGAUGCAGACUUUGAGGGCACUCAACGUGACCUCGUGACGGCCUAUCUCGGAGAGAUUUACGCCCAAAACAAGUUUGCGCCACUCGACGAUUCCGAGGAUGCCGAGAUGGCCAUGAAGAUAUCGGCCGGCAUACGCAAUAUUCGCCUCACCUCCGACUUCCAUUACUCGGAUGGCGAGACCGAGGAACUCGAAAUGAUUGACCACGUUGACCUAGGCUUUGAUAUCACGUAUGCCGAGCAUCGGCCCGCUGAAGGCGCUUUUGGAAAUCUCCAGUCCGUGCCCGCCGCCUUUGUCGGCGACGAGGAAGACCAGACCGACCAGGCGGAGGCUGAGGUUGAUGACGGCACGUUGCAAAAGGCAAAAGGAAUUGCUUCGCCCUCCUCUACGGACAGCAAGGAGUUGGUGGUGGACCAGAACCCCGAGCUAAGCCUGCACCACGAAGCCUGGGUCAAACUCGACCUGAGCUUCGCGAUCCCAUCCGUAGGGCUCGAAUUGAUCAGUGCUCAAGAAAACCAGCCAGUCGGGAAUCAAGAUGAAGCGAGUCUUUCGAGGUUCUCGCUCGAUGAAAGCCAAGUCAAACUCCGCAUGCUGUCUGAUGGGUCUUUGGAGUCGGAGCUUGUGGUGCGCUCCUUCACAAUCUUUGAUAGCCGACCCCGGGACAACAACAAGUAUCGACGCAUUAUGACAUCCUCGAACCCAGAUGUGCAGCAGCUCAUGGCCAGCGUCACAAUCUCUGGAGGAAAUUCCCGACACAUGAUUGCAAUGGUCACGGUCGAUAGUCCCCGCGUCAUCUUUGCGCUCGAUUACCUAUUUGCCUUGCAAAACUUUGCCAUGAUCGCGCUCAAAAAUGACGAGCCGAUUGCGAUUGACGACGAGGCGUCUGAGAUGCCAGAGGAGUCGGAUGCCGAGUCCAUGGCGGUCUCUAGCCGCGCACCCACAACUUUGUCCAAUUCAACCUCACAGCUGACGUCGCGUGCUGGGACGCCGCCAGCCGCCAGCCCAACCUCGCCUACGGGGAUGGGCAUGUCCUUCCGCGUUAAUGUCGUCGAUGCUCAAGUCAUCCUUAUUGCCAACCCUCUGAGUACAAGCUCCGAAGCGAUCGUGUUGGGGACAAAGCAAGUCCUAUUGUCUCAGCAGCAUGCGCUCACCUUCCAAGUUUCAGAAGCUGGCAUGUUCCUCUGCCGCAUGGAUCGUUUCGAAGAUAGCCGCCUCCGCAUUAUCGAUGACUUCUCCAUCCAGCUAUCGAUGGAAACUGCCAACCCGAUGCUCACAAGCCUUUCCGUCAAUGUCGAGCCGCUGGUUCUGCGCCUCUCCCUAAGAGACAUCCUCAUGGCGCUACAAAUCUUGCAGAAGGCCUCCGAGUUGUCUGACUCAAUGGACAAGGAUGGCAAGGCUGAGUCCUCCUCAGAAGACAAGAGCAAGCAGCUUAAGCAAAGCAGCAUCAAACGAAGGUCUACUGGUGGGCUCGGUUCGUCGACCCUCACCGGUGCUAGCAAGCCUGCGCAGACAAUCUCGACGGCGGUAAGUCGUAGAAGCCAAGCGAGCGAGGGUGGCCGGAGAGGAGAAGCCGAGAAGCGACCCGUCCGACGGGAAGAUCUCACUGCCACGGUGGAAGGCAUUCGCGUCAUUCUCAUUGGCGAAGUACACGAACUUCCAAUCCUCGAUGUAGGCAUCAACGCCUUCUCGGCGACUGGCGCCGACUGGUCAUCGAAUCUCAAGGCGGAGACGGCCAUUGAUCUGUACGCGAAUGUGUUCAAUUUCUCCAAGUCGGCAUGGGAGCCUUUGAUCGAGCCCUGGCAUGUCGGGUUCGGGGUUUCCCGCAGCCCUUCUCAGGGCCUCUCUAUCGAUGUCAACUCGAACAAGGCGCUUGACCUUACCAUUACGACGGCGUCGAUCGCCCUAGCCUCCAAAUCGAUGGCUUUCCUUUCCCAGGACGAGGAUGUCCUUGGAAAACCUAGGGGUGUAGAGUCAGCCUACCGAAUCCGCAACUACACUGGGUUUGACGUGACUGUAGAGGUACCAAAGAGGGCCGACGAAGAUCAGUUAAGCGCCCAUCUGACGGAUGGGCAAGAAGUCCCGUGGAGCUUCGAACCUUGGGAGAAGAUGCGUGAGACGCUUACGGUCGAUAGCGCGUCAAACACGGUGGAAUUAAGGCUCGAAGGAAGCGGUUUCGAUCCCGUCAAAAGCAUUCGUCUAAACAGGGAGGGAGAGUUCCUAUACGGUCUGCGCGUGCAAGGCAAGAGCACCGUUCAUCGCAUCCUGGUGGAAAUCAAGCUCGGCGGCACGGACAAUGUGAAGUACGUCACCUUCCGUUCGCCGCUACUCGUCGAGAACCAUACGCAGAUUCCCGUCGAGCUCGGCGUGUACGAUGCCGAGAAGGGCGACUUGCUCAAGAUUGAAAAGAUUUCUCCUGGCGAGAGCCGUCCGGCACCAGUCGGUGCGGCCUACGUCAAGUCGCUGCUUGUGCGACCAGACUCGGGUUUCGGAUAUUCGUGGUCCUCGGAAGCCCUCAACUGGAGGGACUUGGUCAAGCGGCCAGUGCGGACCAUGGUCUGCAAGGGAGACAAUGGCGACCCAUUCUAUUUCCAGCUCUUUGCGUCAUUUGACAAGGGCCACCCACUCACCAAGUCUUAUCCGUAUAUGAGGGUGAAGCUGUCGGCGCCCGUCGUCCUCGAAAACCUACUUCCCUACGACUUCAAAUACCGCAUCUACGAUAAAAACACCAAGAAGGACUGGACGAACUUCCUCCGAAAGGGAGGCCUGAGCCCUGUCCAUGUGGUCGAGUUGUCCCACCUGUUGCUUAUGAGCGUGGACAUGCAGGACACGCCAUUCAAACCUAGCGAAUUCGCAGUCAUCAACUCGGGCAGCACGGCCGACUUUAGGAAAGAGGAGAAGCUGGUCUGCCGAGAUGACCAAGGGCUGACGCUCAAUCUACGACUCCAUUACCACCGCACACCGGACAGCGGCGGCGCGUUCAAGGUGACGGUCUACAGUCCCUACGUGGUGCUGAAUCAAACGGGCCUCGAGCUAGAUAUUCGCGCCAAGGGCUUCAUGCAAGGCGCCAAGGCGGUUGCUGGACAAUUCCCUCUUGUGGAUUGGAGCAAACCUCAGUCGUUCGAUGCCAUUGGGAGCACAACGGAAGUGGUGCUGCAGUCUUUGUCGAACCGCGCUAGGGAGAUCAAUGUCGGCAUCUCUGUGAAGUCGGGCGAAGGGAAAUACAAGAUGACCAAGGUUGUCACCCUCACCCCGCGCUUCAUCAUCAAGAACAAGCUGGGCGAGGAGAUUCUCAUCCGCGAACCAAGCUCCUCUGGCUCGCUGACGCUGCACGCCGGCGGCCUUCACCCUCUUCAAUUCAUGCAGCGCUCGAAAGUCAAACAGCUGUGCUUGUGCCUGCCCGGCCUCGAUAACCAGUGGACGGCGCCCUUGAACAUCUCGGAUAUCGGCACAACACAUAUCAAGAUUGCCAGGUCGGGACAGAGGCAACAGCUUAUCCGCGCCGAAAUCUUGCUUGAGCACGCAACUGUCUUUAUCCAUCUUAGCAAGGAGACGAAACACUGGCCAUUCUCGAUGCGAAAUGAGAGCGACACCGAAUUCAUAUUCUACCAGGCCAACCCCAACGUGGAUGAAGAGGAAUUCGAAGACCGGUCUGGGUGGAAGCCGAUCCGCUACCGUCUCCCGCCGAGGAGUAUCAUGCCGUACGCAUGGGAUUUCCCAGCGGCACGGUUCCGAGAGGUCGUCAUCAGCGCCUCGGGUAGGGAGAGGCACGUCAAGCUCGCCGAGAUCGGUAACCAGAUCCCCAUGAAGUUUGCGACGCAGUCGGGCCAGCAAAAGAUUAUCGACAUCAAUGUUGCGGCGGAAGGGCCCACACAAACGAUGGUUCUCUCCAACUUCAAGCAGUCUAAGAGCCUGUACAGACAACAGAGCAAGGCCAGCAGCAGCAGUAGAAAUGCGGGUGGUGGUUUCGAAAUCAAGGACUUGAAUACGGACGUGACGUUCAAGGCGCAGCUCCGACUCUCUGGAAUCGGCAUCUCUCUCAUCAACCAGCAGCUGAGGGAGCUGGCGUAUGUGACCUUCCGCGGUGUCACCCUCAAGUACAGCGAGUCUCCCCUCUAUCAGACGGUCAGUCUGUCCAUCAAGUGGAUCCAGAUUGACAACCAGCUCUAUGGUGGCAUUUUCCCCAUUGUCAUGUACCCUAGCGUCGUUCCGAAGAAGGCACAGGAGAUUGAGGCCCAUCCCUCGGUCCACGCCAUGGUCACCCGAGUCAAGGACGACUCCUAUGGCGUCUUGUACAUCAAGUACGCGACCCUGCUUAUCCAGCAGAUGACGGUUGAGCUCGACGAAGACUUUGUUUUCGCGCUCAUGGACUUUUCUAACAUCCCCGGGGCUGCAUGGAGCCAACAAGAGAGCGAGGGAACGCUAUGUGACGAAGUACUCGGCAUUCCCGAGCCCAAACAACAGCACAGCGGCCAGGACAUGUACUUUGAGCUGCUCAACAUUCAACCCAUGCAGCUCGACUUGUCGUUUAUGAGAACGGAGCGUGUCAACGUUGAGAGCAAGACAUCAUCCAAAAAUCCGCUCAUGUUUUUCCUCAACGUCAUGACCAUGGCCAUUGGCAACAUCAACGACGCGCCAGUGCGGUUCAAUGCGCUCAUGCUGGAGAAUGUGCGGGUCUCCACGCCCGUGUUGAUACAAAACAUUUCAAACCACUACAGUCAGGAGGCGCUGUACCAGGUCCACAAGAUCCUUGGCUCUGCCGACUUCCUCGGGAACCCCGUGGGCCUUUUCAACAAUAUUAGCUCGGGCCUUACAGACAUCUUUUACGAGCCGUACCAGGGCCUCAUUCUUAGCGACAGGCCCGAAGAGUUUGGCUUCGGUAUCGCCAAGGGCGCCACCUCGUUUGUCAAGAAGUCCGUGUAUGGCGUAAGCGACUCAUUUUCCAAGUUCACGGGCAGUCUGUCCAAGGGCCUAGCAGCUGCGACGCUCGACAAGCAGUUCCAGGAUCGUCGCCGCAUCACACGGGCACGCAACCGGCCCAAGCACGCCCUCUAUGGCGUCACGACCGGCGCCAACUCGUUCCUCACCAGUGUCGCAUCGGGUGUAGGUGGCCUGGCACGCAAGCCCCUCGAAGGAGCCGAGCAGGAAGGCGCUUUCGGUUUCAUCAAGGGUGUGGGCAAGGGUGUGUUGGGCCUCGCCACGAAGCCAGCCAUUGGCGUUCUCGACAUGGCAUCCAAUGUCUCGGAGGGUAUCCGCAACACUACAACCGUUUUUGACGGGUCGGAGCUCGACCGCGUGCGUCUUGCGCGUUUCGUUCCCUCGGACGGCAUCAUCCGACCCUACAACCAGCGCGAGGCCCUGGGCCAGUUCUGGCUGAAGCAGGUUGACAACGGCAAGUACUUUGAGGAGUCGUACAUUGCCCACCUCGAACUACCCCGCGAAGACAUGGUGGUCAUGGUCACGUACGCGCGCAUCCUGAUGAUUCGCAGCCGCAAGCUCACGUCGGAGUGGGAUGUGCCCCUGCGCGAUGUGCAGACCAUCGCCAAGGAGAGGACCGGCCUUAGCCUCACGCUGAGGGACGGCGUCAACGGGCCCUUUAUUCCCGUUGGGGACGAGGAUAGCCGCCGGUUCCUGUACAAGAUGGUGGCGGUGGCGGUGGAGGAGUUUAAUAGGCGGUUUAGGAGCCAGUAA